UCUGACCAAUGCUGGACUAUUAUGCUCCCGCUUGAGAGCACAAAGUGCAGUUUUCUCAUCUGCCUAGGAUUUGGCGUUCUCAUUUCCGCCAUCAUCUAUCUGAACACUGAAGUCCCAGGUACUCCCCAAACAAAGGCAGUACAAAAUCACUCCUUGAGCUGCCAGGAACCUACUCCUGAUUCCUGCCAAGCUUUUUUACCCAGCAUCCCAAGCACAAAAUGGCAGAGGACAGACUGCCAAAUGGAAGCAUACCUGGCGGGUGCACCAUUGGAAUGUUCGCAAAUGUACACAGAUCUUCACUUCAUUACUACGCCCCUAAGCAAAGAAGAGGAACUCUUCCCAUUGGCAUUCAUCAUCACCAUUCACAAAAAGCUGGACAUGUUUGUUCGCCUCCUGAGGGCCAUUUAUGCUCCCCAGAAUGUCUACUGUAUCCAUGUGGAUGACAAAGCUUCACAGGACUACAAGGAAAAGGUUUUGCGCUUGGCUAGUUGCUUCCCCAACGUCUUCUUGGCUUCAGCCAGCGAGGCUGUGACCUAUGCAGGUUUCUCAAGACUGCAAGCAGACAUCAACUGCAUGAGGGACCUGGUAAGGUCUCCGCUGCGCUGGUAUCGAGUCAUCAAUAUGUGCGGUCAGGACUUCCCCAUCAUGAGCAAUCUGGAGUUGGUUCGCUACAUGAAGGGAGAUGAGUGGAGGGACAAGAACAUCACGCCUGGGAUCAAGCAGCCACCAACCAUGCGGUACAGGACCAUGUACCACUAUGAGGAGGUCAAAGGAAAGAAAGUUGUAGUCAAAGGCUGGUACCGCAAGAAGGGUCCCCCUCCACACAAGCUUCAGCUCUACUUUGGUACUGCAUACUACUCCCUGACUAGGGCAUUUGUAGAGUUUGUGCUCAAUAGCUUGGUAGCCAGAGACCUUCUGGAGUGGUCGAAGGACACCUACAGCCCUGACGAGCACUACUGGGUAACCCUUAAUCACAUACCAGAUGCACCAGGCAGUAAUGUAAAUGGAGGCUGGGAAGGCAAUAUUCGCGCCAUAAAAUGGAAAGACCAAGAGGGAACAAGCCACCAAGGCUGCAAAGGUCACUACGUCAGGGACAUCUGCGUCUAUGGGAUGGAGGACUUGCCGUGGAUUAUCCAAAAGAACAGCUUGUUUGCCAAUAAGUUUGACAGUUCAAGUUUUCCUGAUGCUUUUAACUGCAUGGAACUAUGGCAAAGGAAUAAAGUUCUACAACAAGCCAUGGUGCCCAUCCAGCCGUCAUGGCUGCUCACCAUCCAGGUCAAUGCCAGUAUCCAAGACACUGCCACCCCCAGAGAGGAUUAAAAAUAUGACUAUUUUGGGUGAAACUAAAGACUCAAUCUAGAGAUGAGCUCUCUGUUGUGGUGAGUGCGUGGUUACAGAAUGUUCAACUGACAGAUUUUAUUUCGACAAUCAGACAGCUGACAGAUAUUAGCAAGCAGAGGGAAACUGAUUGGACUGUGGUUAUCACCGGCAAAAUGUUUCACAUGCGGUUUCAAAGUUUCAGGGGUCCACAAAAACUGAUAUCCACAAAGCUGUCAGCUCACAAAAGUUUCAGAAAAUGGAACAC